GCAAGUGCGCUUUUGAGUCACACGUACAGGGUGGGAGGAGUGACUUCCGCAGGAGCUGUGAACUGCGUACAACACGGCAGCGUAAAGUCCGAAGUUGUUUAUCCAUUUGGACUGCGUGCUGCACACCCAAACGAAUCCAGGCUCACUCACGUCAGUCCCAUCAUGGCCGAAGUGGACGAGUCUCAGUUUUCUAUCAUGAGUCUGGAGGAUGAGCUGACCUGCAGCAUCUGUCUGAGCACCUUUGACUGUCCGGUGACCAUCCCCUGCGGACACAACUUCUGCCAGGACUGCCUGCUCGCCACAUGGAAGGAGUCGUACAGCUGCCCUCAGUGUCGGACCCUGUUCGCCACCAGACCCGAGCUGAAGAAAAACACGGUCCUCACCGCCGUCGUGGAGACCUUUAAAGUGAGAUCGAGCAAGAACGAACCCAACCUGACUGUAGAGGAGAGCCAAGUGAAGAAAAAGGAGAUCCUCCGCUGUGAUACCUGCAUGGAAGCAGAGGCGUCGAAGACCUGCCUCACCUGCAUGGCGUCUUACUGUGAGGAGCACCUGCGCCCUCACCGGGAAAAUCCUAUUUUCCGUCUGCACAGCUUGAGCGAGCCUGUCGGGGACCUGUUGGAGCGCAUCUGCCCCGACCACCACAAGCUGAUGGAGCUCUUCUGCACCCAGCAUGAUCGGCCAAUCUGCAGCUUCUGCCUCCAGCAGGUCCACAAAGGAUGUUCCUUCACAACCCCUGAUGAACAAAGGAGCCGGAAAGAGUCUGACCUGAGGAGCAAUUUGGGUUUGCUAGAUGGGAAGAUUGUGAAAAAUGAGACCAUCAUAUUUGAAAUGAAGGACAUGCAGAACAAGCUAAAGGACUUGGCGACCAGCAGGAAGAGAGCUUUGACAGCUGAGUAUCAGCAGAUGAAGGAGAUGUUGGUCCAAGAUGAGCGCGAAGCUCUGAACGCAGUGGACCGAGAGGUGGAAACUGGUCAGACCAAACUCAGAGUUCUUAUGAAGAAGUUUGGUGACAACGUUGACAACAUGACGAAAGCUAAAGAAGAAAUCCACAGCCUGCUGAGUCGCUCUCAAACCCAGGCCUUCCUGCAGGCACCAUUUAACCUCCCCCAAGCUAUUAACUUUGAGCCUUACUCUCCUAAAAUCAGCCUGGACUCCAAGAAGGUUUUGGCAUCACAGGCCUUUGCUGCUGCCCUGAAGCAGCAUCUGACAGAGAUCUUCAAACAGCCCGUCGAGAGCCGACUACCAUUAAAUACACCAGGUUCAGCCUACACUACUCUGUGGUCUACAGUGGGGUCUCCACUGGGCUCCGGAAAUUUAUUGGAAUAUGAGGUGGAGUCCAGUCCAGGUCACCUUAAACUCCCCAGGUCUCACAGUCCAGGUCCUCAGGCCAAAACAGCCCAGAAGAAAAAGACUCCAAAACCCAAACCAAAAAAUCCUCAGACCACUGGGGACGGUAUGGGUGAUAAAAAUACUGGCCGUUCAAUGGAAAACCUGUUGGAGUUUGGAGGGAAACCCAGAGGCCGUACUCCUGCAGCUGAACCUAAACAGAAACCAGAAACUACAGAUAUUCCCCCAGACAUAAGCACAGCUGAAAAGAGAAGUGAACUACUGAAAUAUGGCACAGUACUCACCUUCAAUCAAAGGACCGCCCAUAAACGCAUCGCGCUGACUGAGAACUUCACUAAGGCCUCGGUGUCAGACGAUCACAUAAACUACCCCGACUGCCCCGAACGCUUUGCUGUCUGCUCCCAGGUGCUCGCCUCCAAGGGUUUCUCUACAGGGCGCCAUUACUGGGAAGUGCGACUGAGCAGCAGUAACUUCGUUGGCAUAGGCUUGGCUUACAACAGCAUCGACCGCAAAGGCCCCACCAGUCGACUGGGCCGCAACGCCCAGUCCUGGUGUGUCGAGUGGUUUAAUGUCAAGUUGUCAGUCUGGCAUAACAGCAGCGAGACCGUGCUUGCUAAUCCAAAUCCAAAGCGCGUAGGCGUGCUGUUGGAUUGCGAGGCCGGCACUGCUACAUUCUACAACGUGGCUGACAGGGCGUAUCCCUUCCACUCCUUCAUGUUCCCCUUCGCUCAGGCUGUCUAUCCAGCCUUCUGGAUUUUCUCGAGUGGCUCCUUCAUUACUUUGUGCAAGCUGCAGUAAUGAGUUUGCAGUCAGCUAGUCGGCUCUUUGUUAAAGGUGCCCAGUGGAGUUUUCUUGUAAACACGUAACUUAUUGUCACUAUGUAACUAUACGUAACUGUAGAAUAUUCAUUAAAUUUUUUUUAGGUCUAAAAGUGCAGGAAAGAAAUUUUGCAAAGCUAAUUUAUUAAAAUGCAUUAUGUAAUUAACAAGGUAAUUAUUAUGGUUAACAAGCUGCCUUCUACUUAACUGCAUGUGUAGGUGUUGGUCGCUGCAUUUUUUGGCUUGUUGGAUUCAUGAACUGGUUCAGUAAAUAACCAUGAAACUAAAUUGAGGCAUUAUAAAUCCUAUGCAUCAGUGCUGACAGUAGUUAGAAGCUCCACAGGGCACCUUUAAUCAAUCGCUCGUUAUUACAGACUUAAUCUACAUAAAAUUAUAUACAAUUAUUUAAAUGGAGGAACAAAAAAGAUUGAUUAGAAAAAGUAAUUAGUUAGCAAUAAUUUUUGAAUGUUUUAAACACCAAAAAGUUGAACCACGAUAUUUUUCACAUCAGGACCGAUUAUAGCUGCUGUCUGGGAACUAUUUGUUCAGCUGUUGUUGAAGAGGAAAAUGUUGUCUUUACACAACUGAUCAGCAUCUUUAUUGACAUUUGAUCAGGUUAAAUAUCACUGUCUCAUAGAGAUUUCUGUUACUGCUUUUCAUGUACAUCAGAGGUGUCAAACAUGAGGCCCGUGGGCUAGGAUCGGCCAAACAAAGAUUCCAAACUGGCCCACUUUGGAAAAUGUGAAGAAGGGCAAACAUUUUGGACUCUUAACUGUAUUUUCAUAGAUUUUACAGCUUUUGCUGCGGGUAUAGACCUUCCCCAUGCCGAUUCAUCUACAUCAAAGUACAUGGGUAACUGAUAGACAUGAAUAGAAAUGUGAUUAUUUUUACAAUGGGUCCACAUUAAAAAAAAAAGCAUUUUCUGUGAAUUAAUAAAAAUAUUCUGUUUUAUAAUUACAGUCUGGGCAGUGAGCAAUGAGCGCCUUCCUGUGAUUAUACACAUUUAUUAAUUUUCAUUUUAAGCACGGAGACAUGCUGACAGAUUUCUGUUGUUUGCUACAGCAGGACUUCCUUAUGAUGUAGAAAAAGAGAUGUGCUUUUGAAACUGCAUCUUUAUACUGACAGAACUGGGAGUUUCACUGGUUCAGCCCACUUAAGAUCAAAGUGGUCUGUAUGUGGCUCACAGUGGGAAAUGAGUUUGACAUUCCUGAUGUACGAUAAGCAGAACUGUUGCUCUAGUUGCCAAAUCUUGGGGCUAUUUCCAACUUUUUUUUUGAACCUCUGACCGCCCCAUGACCAUCCACCCGUUUACAAUAACGAUGACAUUGCCACAGCACGUAAUGUUAAUGCCUAAGUUAGGCAGCAAAGCAUUCUUGUUGCAAUCAGUGCUGUUAAUGCACUCUCUUGCUACUGAGUGAUAAUUUCUUGGUGGUAUUUGAGGGUAAUAAAACGUUCAGCUACACGUGUGCAUCCAAAUACUUGCUGUGCAAUGCGUGUAGCUGUACUUGCCGAUCUCAAAAUGGCAAGUGGGAGAACAGAAAUGCUCGAUUUGAGACGCAGAAUGUGAAUGUCCUGAUUAGUAGUGCUUUCUGCUAAUAAUGUCUGUAAGAUCUGAGGAAUAUAUGGCAGCGGUUUCUCGGUCCUGUCUGACAGUACUAGUAGACAGAGUUACGCAAACAACCGAAGUGGGUAUCAAGAGUUAAUAGCAUGUCAUAUCUGAUGUUAUUAACUUUUAUUAUCUGUGCUGGAUGUGAUAUUCAGCAGCUGAUUCAUUUAAAUGAAUUUGUCUCAAAACGCAGGUAAUGCACUAUAUCCUGUAUUUUUCUAGUGACUGUGAAGCAAAUAUGUGUUCAAGUCACUUUAAGAAAAGUAUUUAAAAACAAAGUUUGCUUUUAAAACUGCAUCAAGUCAAAAUGAAAUGUCUUGGUGUCGAGAGAAAGCAGGAUAGAAAGAAAACAUCAGACCUAAACUCAAAAGAUAAAAACCAUAUAAAUGUAUGUUGUUUUUUUUAAUGUAUACAACAAUUUCACUUUCAAUGGUGUCAGGGUUUCCUUGUGGUGUUUUUAUUUUUCGGAGAGUUUAUUUAUUUCCUGCUUUUUCUGCAGUUCUUGCAGAACACACACAUACAGUGUGUGUCCUGUGCAGGUUAUGUAUCGUGCACUGUUGAACAGAUGUGACUACAGCUGGAUCAAGCAGGGAGUCUACCUGUGAAGCACAUGUUUGCGUAGUGUUUCGAUAUCAAUUCUGCAUGUGGAGACUUUGUUUUAGAGUGUGGGAACUGAGGUUCUAAGACUGGGUGAUGCAGCGGUUUUUCAUGAUAUGAACAAUGUGUGGUGACUUUAAAGAUUUGCCUCAGCGUUACGUUACAAAAAUGCUCAAAUCUGUCCAAACUGUAAAUGAAGAAAUUAUUUGUAAAUACCUGACAUCUGAAGAUUGAUAUGAAGCUAGAGUGACUUCCAUUUGUCAGUUUCUAAAAUAUGUUUCUGUGACAUGAUUGGCUGCUUAAUGUGCACAAGCACCGCACAUGUCAUAGAAAUUUUAUCAGCAUAAGAGAAUCUAUGCUGUAGCUUGUAUCACCCAGCUCCAAAUGCUCACUUCUUUCAACUGAUGGGAACAGAAGCCAUGUUUCCUCUGUUUUCAUCAUGUUCUGAAAGUCUCUCUCCUCUUUUGUAUUUGGGUUGUUUUUAUGGCAAGAGUCACCGAUUAUCUGCAGCUGAUCAGAUCCUGGAUUUGAUCUUGGGAUAUGAUGCUUGCAUGGGAUGCCCCAUAGAAAUAAAAUGCUAUACACGUUUUUCUAUGGUAGGCAUACUAAACUAACAAGCCAUCACAAAACCUCGUUGGCUUUAAAAAGGUGGAGGAAAUGUAGCAAAACGUACGGUUUCAAAGGGGUAAAUUAUUUGUUGUAGCAAAGUUUACUCCGGCCUGUAAGAACAACGACUCUCUUCCUGAUGUGGCAUACUCCAGUCCACCAGGUGUUAAAGUGUUUAAUAUAGUGAUCACUUUAAGAGUCAGACGUGCAUCUUAUAGAAAUGAGACUAAGUGUUGAACAUCUUCGGUGUGCUUUAACAGUGAAGUUUGUGGUUCAGUCACAGCUCCUAACUUUGUUCUUUUUGACAAAGUUGGACAAACUUUACUAUAUUUAAAAGGUUCAAAAGACACUUUUGUUCAGACUGAGUGAUAAGCAAGGAAAGGUUCACACAAACAGUGUGCAAUCCAUAAACUAAGUAUAAUUUUAGGUUGUACACUGAUAUUGGUGUACUGGAUCUGAUCCUGUGUGGUGCAAUCAGCUUAUCACAGUGGAGAAAGCAUAGAAGGGUUUAAGAAACUAUCAAUACCUUUCCUGGACCGUGGUGACACUUGUGUACUCUUACUACCUUACGUUGAAAUCACAUAAUAGUGGUGUAUACAAUUAAUCAAAACAUUUUUUUUUAACUUCCUGUAGUACUUUUCGAGUUUAAGCAGACUCCAGGACUGAGAUGAUUUGUUCUGUGUAAAUUAGUGAAUGUCAGCUUAACUGUAGUCUUUGCAUCACACAGAAGUGUAGCAGUACGUGUGUUUCUGUAACGCUUCAGUGGUUAACCAUCUUGUGCUCUUACUGUCUUUGAAAAAGUGCUUGUUAGUACAUUAUAUUUAAGGUGUUCAUGCUGUAUUCUCUUGGAUUGCUAUAUUGCAUAAUCAAAAACUGCAUUGCAAGUUAACCAGUGAAUAUUGCUAAUAAAGGGUUUUUCUGAUUCUCAAA